GCAGCGGCCUUCCCAACCUCACCUCGAUCAGGGAAAACACAUCCCUACUCUCAAUAUCCUUUAUCGACCCAAUCUGCCAAGAUGCUCAUCAAAGUCCGCACCCUCACCGGGAAGGAAAUCGAGCUCAACGUCGAGGGUUCUGACCCGGUCUCAAAAAUCAAGGAACUCGUCGAAGAAAAGGAGGGUAUUCCGCCCGCCCAGCAGCGUCUCAUUUACGGCGGGAAGCAAAUGGUCGACGACAAGACGGCGGACGACUACAGCCUGGAGGGCGGGGCAACGCUUCACUUGGUUCUGGCGCUUCGCGGGGGUCUAUGAAGUCUGGGAUGUUUCUGACGUUAUCCGGGAGUUUGGUCUGGUUAGAGGCUGGGAGUGGAUGAAGUGAAGGGGAGGAAGAGAAGCGGUCGUGGAUGGACGGGACGGAAAUUAUGUGCAACAGGACGAGAGGGUUUUCUUCUCUGACCCUCGUAACCAAGUGAGAAGGAACUUGGUUCAAAGCUUAGUGUAUUCGCUGCUUCCUUCUCCGAAUGGCCGAGACACGAUUACCGGGAAGCGAAUAGAGAUUUGGUUUUGGUUGCGCUGUUUGUCUGCCUUGAGACGGGUUGGCUCUCUUCGGCUAGUUGAGUGUUCAAUGGCGUGACUUGGUGCAGCUAUGUGUCCCCGGGGCAUGUUAAAGGAUAAAGGGAUAAGGAGGAGUGAGCUCAAGAGCGGACUGGGGAGAGCUGUUGUAACCUUUUUAUGGCUACUUGGUC